GUGAUUUAAUGUGAUCCACAUACAGAGGGCAGCAGCAUCACAUUCAGCCAAAACAAUAACAGCAGUAAAAGCGACACUGAAACCGAAUACUGAAACACAUCCUCUGCUGUUUCGCAUUACAUCUAAGUACGUGACUAUGCAUAUUUUGAAUGUAACGUGGCAUUGAGGCUUUAUUAUCCCCUGACGUCAACCGAAUGACAUCAAUCGCGCGUUCUGUGAGACAACAGGAGCGCGCACUGAGGAAUGGGCCUGCUGUCGGUCUUAAGGAGACUGAAGAACUCUCCUGAGCAGGAGGUUCGAAUCCUCCUGUUGGGUUUGGACAAUGCAGGCAAGACCACCAUACUGAAGCAGCUGGCAUCAGAAGACAUCAGCCACAUUACACCUACACAGGGCUUCAACAUAAAGAGUGUCCAGUCUCAAGGGUUCAAACUAAAUGUCUGGGAUAUCGGUGGACAGCGGAAGAUCAGACCUUACUGGAGGAACUACUUUGAGAACACAGAUCUCCUGAUUUUCGUGAUUGACAGCUCAGACAGAAAACGCUUUGAUGAAACAGCACAGGAGUUGGCAGAGCUGCUAGAUGAAGAGAAACUGAGCAUGGUGCCCCUGUUAAUCUUUGCAAACAAGCAGGACAUGAUGAUGGCGGCGACAGCGGCAGAGAUCGCAGAGAGCCUGAACCUGCACACCAUACGAGACCGGAUAUGGCAGAUCCAGCCCUGCUCCGCUCUCACUGCAGAGGGAGUCCAGGACGGGAUGGUGUGGCUCUGCAGGAACAUUCCCACCAGGAAGAAAUGACUGACCAGAGUUUGAAUUUAAUCUUGACUCAGUGCUGCUGCUGCAAAGACCCUGUAUCCUAUGUUGUAAUGAAUUUAUUAGCAGGAACGCGUUCUCCCGUUCGUAAAAUGGUCAAUGGCAAGCACCAGCUGGGAUUUUUUUUAUUGAUGGGAUGCUCAAGUACAGUAUUUAUUUAUAGAGAAGGAUGAUCUCAUCCGGUCACUGAUGAUGACAGUCUCUGUCUGACAAUUUACUGGUGUUUUUUUAAUAAUAAAUAAGUGUAAUUUAGAACUA